GGCCGUUGAGGCGGCGGGUCGCGGUGAUCGUCUCACGUCCGAGCGGACUGUGCCGCCGUCACCAUGUCCCUGGCGGCCUCGGCGGACCGGGGCCCGGGGUCCUUGUGGUCCCCAACCCACGUGCAGGUGACGGUAUUGCAGGCACGGGGCCUGCGGGCCAAGGGCCCCGGGGGCACGAGCGACGCGUACGCGGUGAUCCAGGUGGGCAAGGAGAAGUACGCCACCUCGGUGUCCGAGCGCACCCUGGGCGCGCCCGUGUGGCGGGAGGAAGCCACCUUCGAGCUGCCGCCGCUGCUGUCCUCCGGGGCGGCCCCCGCGGCCGCCUCCACCCUGCAGCUCACCGUGCUGCACCGCGCGCUGCUCGGCCUCGACAAGUUCCUGGGCCGCGCCGAGGUGGACCUGCGGGAGCUGCACCGGGACCAGGGCCGCAGGAAGACCCAGUGGUAUACCUUGAAAUCCAAACCAGGAAAGAAGGAUAAAGAGCGAGGAGCAAUUGAGGUUGACAUCCAGUUUAUGAGAAACAACAUGACUGCUAGCAUGUUUGACCUUUCCAUGAAAGAUAAGUCUCGGAACCCAUUUGGAAAACUAAAAGACAAGAUCAAGGGGAAGAAUAAGGAUAGCGUAUCCGAUUCCGCUUCUGCCAUUGUCCCCAGCGUGACACCCUCAGCUGACAGUGAUGAUGAGUCUUCUAACAAAGACAAGAAAAAGAAAUCAAAGAUCAAGACCUUGUUCUCCAAGUCUAAUCUGCAGAAAACACCACUCUCCCAGUCCAUGUCCGUCCUGCCUACUUCCAAGUCAGACAGAGUGCUGCUUCGUCCUGGAGACUUUCAGUCCCGGUGGGAAGAUGAAGACAAUGAGGACGACUCCUCUUCCACCUCAGACAUCAUGACUCACAAGAGAACAACAAGUGCAGAUUCCAAGCAACUGAACCAGAUCAACUUCAGCCUGUCCAAAAAGGAAGGACUCUCCUUUCUCGGUGGCCUUCGGUCAAAGAAUGACACCCUUUCCCGCUCUAAUGUCUGUAUCAAUGGGAACCAUGUUUACCUGGAGCAGCCAGAAUCCAAGAGUGACACCAAGGACAGCAGUCCUUCCUCCUCCCCGUCCCCCCAGGGCUUCACGAGGAAGCAUUUGUUCUCAUCCACAGAAAACCUCGCUCCUCGGUCUUGGAAGGAGCCUGGGGAAGCAGGUGGAGUGGCAUCCGACAGGCAGCCCUCCGAAUCUUCCACACAAGACUCUUUGAAAUCCAUGUCUCUGCCAUCCUACCGACCAGUGGCUAGUGGGGACGUUAGGGGAAACAUGGCCCCAGGGAACUUGGAGACUGCAAAAGAAACCAAAGAAAGCAAGAAGCAGGAGAACAAGAAGCCCUCUUUGCUUUCUCUGGUGACAGGAAAGAAGGAUGUGACUAAGGGCAGUGAAGGCGAAAGCCCUGCUACCAUCCCAGUGAAGGAGAAGGAGGGCGCGCCCCCAGAAAUCAAACCAAAGCAGGAUGGGUUGGAGCCUGUUAAAGACGUUAUGAGACAGUCUGAGAAAGAUACUCCAGCUCUUGUCUCUGGACGGGGUAAAUCUCUAAACCCCUUUGAAGAAAUACAGAUCACAGAACCAGAAGCUGAGCCAGAGUCCAGAACUGAACCUAAACCACCUGUCCUCUCUGCAAGGGCUCCCCAGACCAAAGCCGUCAAACCUAGACUGGACGUGUCUCCAGAGGCUCAACCCAAAGCCGGGCUUCCUUCUUCCCCUGACUCGCCUCUCUUUUUUUCCACUCUCUCGUCCGAUUCUGGUCAGACCCCUCUACCUACUGAAUUGGGGCGUGAUUCAGAGACACAGUCCUCUGAAAGUCCUUCUGUCUUCUCCUCUCUCUUAUCUCCCAUACCAGCUCCCAUUUCCACAUCCACUCCUAUUGAAAGCUGGCCUUACACAGACAAGGGCCAGGCCAGUUCUGAAGAACCAUCUCUGCACCUUAAAGCAGAGUUGCAAAUGGAGAGUGUAAUGCAAGUUCCAAAUACUGUUUCUUCUGCCUUGGGAUCACUUUCCAAACAGCCACCCGAUCCGGUGUGUAGAGGGGCAGAAGACUCCCCAGUGGGGAAGACCGAUGAGUUAGAGACAGGAAAGAAUACCAGCAACGAGGAACCCGAAAACUCUCUCCUGGAGCAGCCUGAAGUGGGGCAAAAAGGGGAGCUUCUGAGGUUUUCCCCGCCAGAACAAGACUCCAUCCCUUCAUCUGAAGAGGCCCAAGAAAAAACAUUUGCCCUUUCAGUCAGAAGUGGCAGAACUGAAAGCUCAGUGGGGAAGCCACACAUGGGGGAAAGCACAGACUCUGAGACUCAGUCUAGAUCUUGGGUGGAAAACAAAUUUAAAGAAGAUGAGGUGAGUUCUGCAACUGAAGAGGUGGCACCCCCUCUUAAAAUGGGAGAAUCAGUCCCCCCACUUGAUUCGGUGACACAGAAACAUGAAGAGAUGGAUCUGAAUGCCAGCAAAGGCCAAAAGAAAGUCCAGAAGCGUGUGUCAUUUUCUGAGCAGCUCUUCACAGAAGAGGAGGUGGAGAGGUCCACUGGAUGGAUGGAAGAAGACAGAAGUAACUCCCAGGAACUGACCCGUGAAAGGGCUGCUGCUGAAAGCGUGUGUGACGGGGAGCCCUCUGAGUCUCCCCACACAGAAGGCUCAGAGAGGGAAGCUGUGGCUGAGCCUGGGCUGUUGGACUGUGGUGUGUUGGCUCCCAUGGUGGAGCAUGAGGAGAGUUUCUCAGAAGCCCCCAUGAGUGAAGCAAGCUCAGAGAAAGACACUGUACCCAUUAGAACAGCGGGAGACGAUACCCUCAUGGAGCAGUAUCAGAGCAAAGCCAGUGAUCAUGAAGGCCUGUUGUCUGAUCCCCUGAGUGAUCUUCAAUCUGCCGCGGAUGUUAAAUCUCCAGUCAUGGCCGAUCUGAACCUAACGCUGCCUUCCAUUCCUGAAGUCGCAUCGGAUGAUGAAAGAGUAGACCAGGUUGAAGGUGUCAGAGGGACAGCAAGGGUGGCAGCUCUGGAAGUAGGAGCAUCCUCCUUGAGCAUGUUACCUCCCUGUCCUGAGAAGAAAAAGGGACCGAGUGAUGUGGGAGAUGGUUCUGCAGUGCCUGCAGAGAGCCCUCAUGACUUCAGGUCUAAAGCAUCUGUUACAACUUCUUCAGAGCAAAUGGCAGCUUUAGGAAUUCAUGAAGCACAUCUUGGCAAGAGCUCCAGCUUGGAUAAACAGCUGCCAGGUCCUGGCGGCAGUGAGGAAGAAAAACUGGAGGGAAAUGAGAGGCCAAGCCAGCCUCCUGGCACGUCCCUGGACCCUCCCGUUUCCAGUCCUUCCCUCUGUGAGCCCUUUUCUGCCACACACUCUCUCCCUAGCUCUCCACAUUCUAACACUCACCACACUAGUUCAGCAGAAUCUCCCCAAAAAGCCACAGCAGAGGGCUCCGCUGCUAAAGUUGAAAAUUCUGGGAAGAGGAAGCCGCUUCUUCAGGCCUGGGUCUCACCCUCAGAGACACAUCCAGUCUCAGCUCAGCCAGGCGCUGGAACUUGGUCAGCCAAGCACAGACUUCAUCCUGUGAAGCCAAUGAACACAACAGCCACGAAGGUUGCUAACUCCAGUUUGGGAACUGCCACCAUCAUCAGUGAGAACUUGAUCAAUGAAGCCAUGAUGAAGAAAUACAACCCCUCAGACCCAGCUUUUGCUUAUGCACAGCUAACCCACGACGAGCUGAUCCAGUUGGUCCUCAAACAGAAGGAAACAAUCAGCAAGAAGGAGUUUCAGGUUCGAGAGCUGGAAGACUACAUUGACAAUCUGCUAGUCAGAGUCAUGGAAGAAACCCCCAACAUCCUCCGCAUUCCAGCUGAGGUCAGCAAAAAGGCAGGGAAGAUGUGAAUCUCCAGAAGAAAACACUGAAAGGUUUUUGUGAGUUUGUUUCCACCUGCCGUCAAUGUCAAGGACUUGGUAUGCCUGAUAACUAGCAAACAGGCUCCAAAUCACCGUCUUCCUUACGUGUUAUCUGGCAAGGGUCAAUUCUACCAGUUGAAGCCAGGUUAAUUAUUACAAUGAAUCUUUUACUGUACGUUCCCAGGGUUUUAUCUUUAAAUGCCACUGUGCCUUUAACUAUGCUGUAAAUAUUUUAUGCCCACCAGACACAUGGUCAUAAGAUCUGAUCCUGGGCCGGAGAUUCAGAUGGCACAGGAGAUAUUGGUGUAUUCUAACUCCGGGGUUUUCUUUCUGUGAGCUUGAGGUUUUAAAAUACAUAUCCUCCAGCCAUUAAAACUUAGGAUGAAAUGAGAAGGAUCAUGUUGGUGCUGUGACACAUACUUUCUUGGCUUGUGAGUAGCUCAAGUGUGAUUUUCUGGCUGCAGAUGCUAAAUUUUGUCACCAUGUAAACCUACGGGCUUCUCAUACUUGGCUCUUGUUGGGUUAUUUUGUUUGUUUUUUUUUGACCAGAACAGAGGAGUUGAGGGAAAACCUCCGAGUGUGGCUUUUAGACUUUGAACAAGCUGCCUUUUCUAAUCAGCUUUCACUACUCUCCAGCCUUGAAAAUAGGCUCUGUGUGGGUCCAUGGCCCCUUCUACUGCGGAUACCACACGUAGACUAGGGAGUUAGAGACUCACUUUUCCCUCAGUUGGGGAAGUUGAUCAAAGUCCCCCUCUGGUGAUAGCAGGGUUCCUGCUGGCUAGAAUGGCCUGUUAAGUGCCUUGAUAAGGGGUUGGCUCACCCAGGCACUUAUGUAAAUGGUUCCCUCAGGUAUGGAAUGACGUCAGUAGGAUUCCUUUGGCCGUUUCCCCCUGUGUCUUUGUUGUUUGGCUCCCUGGUGGUUUCCUUAGCAGCAGUUCCUGGAGGAGGACAGGACCCACCAAAUCCUCCUAGAUGAAGAUGCCCCUUGGUUGUGCAGGCCACGGGGAGUCACGGGGUUGGACCCUGAAGGGCUUGAACUGGGUCCUUGUGGCUGUUUUGGCCCUGUUGGAACAGAAACCCAGGCUACUUCUGGGACACAGGAAGUUGUAGUGAGGGGCUUAAUCUAGUUCAUACAGUGUAAAAGCUAGUAGAAAAGCAGCAAGCCUCAGCCUUUAUCCUGUGCUGCUUUUUCAUCUUCCCGUCAUGAAGCGACUCACAGACAUUCUCGUUACACAAUUGUGAAGAGCAGAAUGAUACUUACUUUGGAUUGCUGUAUUUUUUUUUUCUAAUUAAUACACAUUUUUUUUUUUUUUUUUUUUUAAGGACACCUGUCUUCUUAAUAGCACCAGUUCAGAUUUUUCAGCUAACCUGAUUGUUAGUAACCUAGUAUUGAAAUCAGGACGUUUCCAUAUUGGUCGUUUCUUCUCCCGGGAGUGAUAGAAUCUCACCAAAUCUUGACAUCUGCCCGGAGGAGACAGGCCAUCGGGGUGGGCAGGGGUGAGAUGAUUGUGGGUUAAUUAACUGGGACUGUCUUCUAUGUAUGUUGUGAUGCUGUGGCUAAGAGCAGAGGUGAGGGGCAGCUGGAUCUCUUUUCAUGCUCACUUUUGGCAACAGUGUGGGUCACGUUGGAGCACUUUAAUCUGAAGGAUAAUACUGUAACUUGAUUUAUCUGAACAGCCUUUAAUUAUCUACAGCUAUGUUAUUUAACACUCUCCUACAGUGCUGGGGGACCAUUGUAAACUUCUCAGAUGACUUGUGUUUUGUAGUGCUAUGAAAUCUUUUUACAUGCCUAUAAAGAAAAUUGUAUAUUCACUUGAA